UCUCCCUACUUCCGGCUUCGCUGCUCCGGGUGCUGGCUCUGGAGGCCGGGUUGAGAGGUCGCGGGUCGGAGGGUCCCCGCCGCUUGGGCAGUGUGCGCUUGUGACAGCUGUCGCUGCUCCCCGUCCCCAGGAUCCGAGGCGCGUCGGGGAAGGUGAAGGAAGAACAAGUCCGGGUCGCGUUUCUGCUCCCUGCUCGCCAGGUCGGGGCGAUUCCAGAGAGCGGCGGCAGGGCUCGGCCUCGAUUUGGGAGCUGCCGGGUUCCCCGCAGACAGGUAUGUCUGACUGCAGCAAUGGUACAGCUCUUGGUGCAUCUAAACCCGCCACAGAAGAAAUCAAGUCUAAUUCUGAGGAGUCUGCCAUGGCUCAAGAGUCUCCCAGAAAUUCAGCAGCAGAAAUUCCAGUGACCAGUAAUGGAGAAGUGGAUGACACUCAUGAACAUGGCUUUAAUAGGGACUUGAAGCGUUCAUUGCCAUCCGGACUUGGUCUCUCAGAAACUCAGAUUACGUCUCACGGCUUUGACGGUACCAAAGAGGGCGUUAUUGAAGCAGGAGCAUAUCAAGGUUCCCCAGAACCACCUUUGCCAUCUGUUAUGUCUCCUAGCAGGGUUGCAGCUAGUCGACUGGCUCCACAAGGAAGUGAUUUAAUUGUUCCUGCAGGUGGCCAGAAAACACAAACAAAAAGUGGACCAGUUAUUCUAGCAGAUGAAAUUAAAAAUCCUGCAAUGGAAAAGUUAGAACUUGUUAGAAAAUGGAGUCUGAACACAUAUAAGUGUACUCGACAAAUUAUCUCUGAGAAGCUAGGCCGUGGCUCAAGAACUGUGGACCUUGAACUUGAAGCCCAGAUUGAUAUAUUAAGAGAUAAUAAGAAAAAAUAUGAAAAUAUCCUCAGACUGGCUCAGACACUGUCAACCCAGCUUUUCCAGAUGGUGCACACUCAGAGGCAGCUUGGAGAUGCGUUUGCUGACCUGAGUUUGAAAUCUCUAGAACUCCAUGAAGAAUUUGGCUAUAACGCAGAUACCCAGAAACUGCUUGCAAAAAACGGAGAGACUCUUCUUGGAGCCAUUAAUUUUUUUAUUGCUAGUGUGAACACGUUGGUGAAUAAAACAAUUGAAGAUACAUUAAUGACUGUGAAACAGUAUGAAACUGCCAGGAUUGAAUAUGAUGCAUAUCGCACUGAUUUGGAAGAGUUGAAUCUUGGACCACGUGACGCAAACACUUUGCCAAAAAUUGAGCAGUCCCAACAUCUGUUCCAAGCACAUAAGGAAAAAUAUGAUAAAAUGCGCAAUGAUGUUUCCAUCAAAUUGAAAUUUCUGGAAGAAAAUAAGGUUAAAGUGUUGCACAAUCAGCUGGUCCUUUUCCACAACGCCAUCGCUGCCUACUUUGCUGGGAAUCAGAAGCAGCUCGAACAGACCCUUAAACAGUUCCAUAUCAAAUUGAAAACCCCGGGAGUGGAUGCCCCAUCUUGGCUUGAAGAACAGUAAAAUCUCACCUGGAAAGAAAAGAAAGCUAUACCGUUAUAUUUCUAAACAAACCUAACAAGAGUUAAAUGGAGAGGGGGAAGCGGUGAGGGGCAACAACCAUUGCAGUGAAUCUUUCACAAACAGCUUUAAUUUUUCCCUUUUUCACACCUUUACAAUUGAACUGUUCAAUUUGAUAGGAAGGUGAGUGGCUUAAAUAUAAACAUUAUUUCUAUAAUUUGAACACAAUAAUUUUCCUUCUUGAGAAAUCCUUUUGUAUUGUGAGAGUUGAUGGCUAUUUCUGUAGUUUGAAAAUAUCUAAUAUAGAUUUGCACUGACAAGAUAAAAAUUAAAGGUUUUUGGUCCUAGAAAUGAGGGCCAGCUGUAACUUUUCCAAAGGGAGGUUUAUGUGAUUUGUAUGAACAUCAGAUAUUUUAUAUAUGAAUAUAUUAAACAUCUUUAUGAGAGUCAUUUUCAUGUAUUAAAAAAAAGAAACUAUUUUGCAGAGUAAAUUAUAUGGGUCCUGCAGCACCCGCAGAGAUGGCAGUGCUAAUGAAUCAUUGGCCCAUGGGGUUGUGGCAGAUACCUUUUUAAAAAUGAAUCUGUACCAUUGUGAUUUUGUGUAGGUUUUUUUAAGACACAGGAAUUACGUGGACAUUUCUGUGAGGCAUUUAAACUUGUGAAUUUGUAUUACCCAAGUCAUUGGACAGUAACAUUAGCAAUUUUUUUUAGAUUUAUAAUGAAACCUACUUUUUUUGUGUGUGUGUCUUUUUUUUUUGAGACAGGGUCUCGCUAUG